AUGACAUCCGCGAUGACUCGUGCGGAGGACACUGUGCGCGGGCUGCGCUUGUACCGUGGUGACACAGACGACGAUGAGACAGAAACUGGACCGUCGGAUUCAGGAAGCUCACUGCCACUAUCACAAAAUGAAGGCUCUCCAUACCCGGAUGAGGGAGGUAGUCGCCCCAAUACCUCUUUGGGCGAUUACUCGGAGAGCAGCAAACAACCGGCUGGUCCGAAAAUGCUUACACACGAAGAGACGAUUGAGCUAGCGCGGCGUGCUGUGGAAAGUGGUAUUCAAGAUACCAAACGUUCACUGGCAGGGAGCGAGGCCGUCACGGAUGUGGUCAAGCCGAAGUUGACUAUUGACCUCGGUCAUUCACAUAUAGUUCGCAUGCCAGAACCAGUGGUGGAUAUAAUCAAGGAUGAGGUGGAAAGGCUUUCUCUCUCCAACAACUAUCUCUUCCAUAUACCCUACCGCUUUGCGGAGUGCUUGCAUCUACGUUAUCUGAAUAUCAGAGCAAACAAUUUCCGGGAGUUCCCCAAAGGAAUUUACAAACUACCACUUUUGGAGAUCCUUGACUUAAGUCGAAACAAGAUCAAGGAAAUCCCAGAUGAAAUCAGCAAAUUAAAAUCUUUGCGGGUGCUCUCAGUCAUGCAAAAUCGCCUCGAGGAUCUUCCAGUGGGGCUUUCUGAGAUGCCCAAGCUUCAAGUUAUCAAGUGUGCCGGCAAUCCGCUACGGGCUCCGCUACGUGCGAUAUUGGAGGAAACUGAGACCGAGAUGGCAGACUCUGGGAUGACAGACAAUGAGAAAGAAGUCGCAUCUACGGCAGAGCUCAAAAGAGGGUUGAAAGCUCGACUUACGGCCACUACUACACCUGAACCAGAAAUCAUUCCAGACUCAGGAGAUGGUAUGAUGGAUGCAUUCAGGCCGGCUCCUUCAAAACGGAGACCAAGUGCCCGAUUCCCUGUUAUCCCCAGCACCGGUGAUAGCUCGGCGGCCUCUUCUCGAUCUCCUUCUAUUUCGAGAGCUCCUCCAAUCCCGGCAAAGUCACAUUAUCGCAUGGCUUCUGGGCAACAAGGCGCUACUUAUCACAUGCCCGCUCUUCAAAGACCUGGCGUUGCUCCUCAUUCCAUCAAUGAACGCAACCGAAGUAACAGCGAAGGUAUUAUUCAGGGAUCCUCCGCUGCUCGAAGCAAACGCAUGGGUGUCAUUACUCGCAAGAACACCGAUUUAGGUACAUUGGAUGAGACACGCCCAUAUAGAAACAGCCAUUUACGCGGUCUGAGUCAUGGUUCUGUGCUUCGACCUCGGCCAGCUCCGCCAGCUCCUGUCAGUGGUAGCAGUUCCUCAAGUCCAAGCAGUCCAAGGGAGCGUCGGCGUGUCCGAGAAGGCUGGGUCAAUCGAAUGUCAAGCUUGCCAGAGCACAAGCGAGAGCUAGGAUCGGACCAGCCUAUCAUCAGAGGAGCGAAAGGCAUUUUGUUUGCUCUUUUCCAGGUUCAUUCCCAUAUCUCCACGUUGAUCAACGUGAUCAAGCGUGAUGAUACUAGACGCCACAGCCUCGAGCUUGUCUUUCACAAUGCCUCCUCGCACGUCGAACGCCUCAACACUGCUCUCGAGAGUGCCGAAGUUGCCUUGCUCGAAGACAUUGGUUCAAUUGCUUCUGUCACUGAUACAGUCAAACGCGAAUGCGAGACUUGCAUCGUUGCUUACACACACGUCGGCACGCAGCUACGCAACAGCUCUGCCAAAAUAGUCGCCAACGGUGAUCCUCGUUAUGUGCGAUCGCUGAUGCUUAUGAUGUUUGGCAGCCUGGUUGAAUUGCGAAAUGCUUGUGCCAUUCUGGAAGCUCCGAUCGAAAUGAUCAACAAGAGUGCCUCUGCCACAAAACGUCUAGCUCCUGCCAAUGCUUUGAACUCCAUGCCCAGUCGGUCACAGCCCUCGCUUGUUACUCCAACGAGAGAUCAUGCUCCUCCUACACGACGAUUGCGAAGCGACACAACAAUUCGUCAUCCUCAGUUCCCUAUGGCCAUGACAAAUAGCAACAAUGGCGCUAAUUCGCCCGGUUUCUCGACGCCUACUUUCACCAGUUUCUCUCGCAGCCGCUCUAGCAGUAGAUCAAACUUGAUCAACUCGUCUAUGCCACAUUCCCUGGCAACUCCUCGAUCGGGCGAAACUUUCCCUCCUAUUCCUGCAUCCGGGCCUCCUCAUGUCAGUACAUUAACUGGAUUAGACGAAAACGAAGAGGAACGCAUUUUUGAGAGGAUCUUCCAUCAGCUUACUUCUGCAUAUACUGCUGCAUUUGGUGCCCUUCCUUUGGCACGUCGGCAAUUCAACCGCUGCUUAGAAAUGGCCCAACAAUCACGAACCCCUGAGGGAAUUCAAAUGGUCUGGACCAACCUUAUCCGUCGAUGCCGAUCUUGCCAAGAGGUUUCUGAGGCCCUGGGUCAGCGUCUGUCGACCAUGAAAAUCAAGGAACCAGGUGGUGGGCUCCGUAACCAACGUGAGUUCUGGCAGCUUUGCAAAACAUUCAUGCAAGCCUUCGUCGACUUGGUGACCGAUCUGCGCGAGGUCAAGAACAUGCAGCUCCUCCCACAAGACAUUAUCAUUAUUCUACGCCCAGUUCAGAAGGCAAGUCGCGAAGCAGGUCGCCUGAUCGAGGUAUCUCCUUGGGCCUAUCUCGCGGACAUGGCCACAAAGGACACCCCCGGUGGCUCAUUGUAUGGACCUCCCCUGCAGGCCCCGCACUCGCAGCAUCAAACCUCCGUUUCUACGUCUGCCAUCACGUCUCAUCCCUCUUACCAUCUCGGCAACGCCAUCCCGCAUUCUGUCACUGUUCCUGCCACUCCGCUAAGUGCGGCUCUGGGUCCGGCUGCGCAGGCCACCGUCCCGUCCACACCCGCAAGUGCAUACAGUGACAAAUUUUUCGAGGGCGAUGUCUUCCAACGUGCUGACUCACUUUUGUCAAUGCAAAACCAAGCGCCUUUCUUCCGACGCUAG